CCUCCUCCCCCACUCCCCACGCACUCUCCUCUCUCUCUCUCUCUCUCUCUCUCUUUCUCUCUCUCUUCUUCAUCAUCCCACUCUACGGGCCCCUCCCCCAUCUCUUCUUCCUCCUCCCCCUCUUCUCCUCUACUUGCUCUUUCUCCUCUGUGCUCUGCCUGCCUCUUGCUAUCCAUGGCUCACCGAAUGGACAAGGACCUGAUGGCCCUCAUGGGCAUCGAGGACGAGGGCGGCGGCUGCAGCCAACCCACCGCUUUUGACAACGAUCCCCCACAGGGUUCCCAGUCCACACAGGAGUCCAUCCCCGACACUCUAACCCAGCACUCCUCCGCCUCCUCCGCCUCUUCCUUUUCUUCCUUGUCCUCAACCCUGCCUCGGCCUUCUCUGUUCUCCCCAGAGUUCAAUCCCUUCGGCGUCCCCCCCUCCGCCAAGGCCAAGGCCCGUCUCCAAAGGUCAUCCCAAAAGAAAAGCUCUUCCGAAAGAGAUGCAUCCUCCAUGUUCAGUCCAACCCUCAGUCCACGCAAGGCCAAGGCCAAAGUCAAAGUCAAAGCCAAGGUCAAGACCAAGAAGCCAGAACAGCCCAUCGAACACCGCUCGACUACCGCUCCAUCGCCGCACUCGUACUCCUCCGCCUCUUCAGCGUCAUCCACGACAGCUCAUCCUCGGGCACGGACCACAGGCAGCCUUACUUCACCUCCAUCCUCACUGGCACUGCAGAAACCGCCCAUCAUUUUCUCAGACAGCGACUCAGAUAUCAGCCCCAUAGACGAUCACGUCUCCAGUCUACGUAGCCGACGACGUCAAAAGGCCGCUCCAAGUGUUCAUCUCUCCUUAGACGCUAGCAUAGAACAGCACUCAUCCACAAAGCCAUCCAACACCCUCAGCGUCAACCCGCUCUUAGAGAACUUCAGCAGCGAUUCUGAUCAGGACAGAGAGAUGUUGAUAGCGAAAAGCGAUCUCCCAAAGGCGCCGUCGCAGCAGGAAAUUCUGCAGCUCCAAAUGGACAAAGAGCACAUGCUUAGAACUUCAGGCCUAUCCGUUCACAAGCGCAUCGUCAAAAAGGACCUUGAUUCUUUAUUAAGGAACCUUCAAACCGUCUCAGAUGAUUCCGCCACAGUAAGGUCAAGUGGAAGCGUACGGUCAUCAUCAACCUUCCCUGCUGCAAAACGCAAGCCUCGGACAAUCGUCCUGGAUGAAAACUCAGACAACGAUGCGGAACAGGAUUCAGAUCUAUCUCAGGAAUACAUGCUGUGGAAACUCUCUAUCACAAAGGCUGUCCUCACCGCCUCAAUCUCAAAGGACAAGCAGCGCGGGAUCAUGAGGGAUCUCAAGGCUCCCUCAUCUAUCUCUCUCGACAGACGACUGGAGAUCGAGAGGAUAUUGCAAAUGUCGCCUCUGUCCACGGAAAUCCAAAACAUGUCUCUGGAGGGCGAUAUGUCUCAAUCCGCCUCAGCCUCGACUCAGGCCCUCUCCCCGCAAAAACCAACACAUCAUCGACGACGCUCAUUGACAUCACUCUCCAAACUUCAGAGGCCAGACACCAUUGCGGACUUUCUUCAGUUCAAGGACAAUUCAAGGCGCAGAGCCGACUUGACGAAUCGGGAAAGGCGCAGAAAGCUGGACGAGGAUGCUAAAAUGUUCGGAACGUUUGUUUCUUCCGAGGACCGUGCUGCAGAGCAAAUGGAGGCCGAACAAAAACAGAACCGAGGCCUUGGUGCCGACGAGGACGAGGACGAAGAGGAUGCCAAUGGGGCUGAUGGUGAUGCUGAAGAUUACGAUGGAGAUUAUGAGGAUGGUGCAGCGACUGCGGCAAUUAGUAAGGCCGCCCAGGGAGAUGUCGAGGACAUGGAAUUCGGCAGCGCGGAUGAAGCCCAAGAGUUUUCUGAGGAAUCUGACGAUGAUCAAGCUGGCAAUGAUUUGAAGGUCAGGAUCCCGUCCAAUGAAAAAAAUGAGGUUGGGGAGGAAAGUGAAGCCGAGAGCGAGGAUGAAGGAGAAACUGGAGACAAGACUUUGAAGACGAAGCGACAACAUUCGAAGCAUACGGCCAUCGAUGACGACGACGAUAUCAAGGUGGUGUCCGUGGACAGAAGUCAGGCCCAGAUCCAUUUCGACAAUGAGGAUGAUAGCAAAGGCUCGGACGGAAACGACGACGAGGGCGACAAAGUCAGUGGUUCUGAAGACAGCGAUAAUGAGGAUGUGAGCGACCUCGAGGGGACUAUGAAUGACAAGGACAAGAUUCAAGGACUCGGUCACUUUCACAGCGUAAGCCACGACCUUUACAAGUUUAAGAAGCAACCACGAGACCAAAAGACGAUCCAGGACUUUGCCUCGACAGAAUCAUGUCCUAUCUCCAUUACGUCUGAGAAAAAGUCGAGCCAGCCUCUUUCAGGCGUUCUGGAUCUUUUGUCAGGAAAUUUUGCGACUUCGAGUGCGAAGCCACAGUCUUCUGAUGCAGAUGUUGCCCUAGCUAUGGUCAACAGCGAGAACGAUGACGGAGAAAUACCCAUCCGCCAUCCUCGGCCGACAGAUGCCUCCAUUGCACCCACGGGAGGGACUCAUACGUACGGACCAGGGAAACCAGAGAACGCAUUUGAUGUUCUGUCGAAAUCCAUGCAAAGGAGUGAUUUCGAGGCCAUUCAUCUUGCCCCAGGCCUCCGGCGCCUUCAGAAAAGAGAACCUAAGCACACUCGAAUCCCGAUAUCCAAAAAUGAAAAAUCAGCAUUUAUUGAGUACGAAGCUGAGGAAGAGGAGGAUGAGUUCAUGGGUAUGGGUGGGAUCGACUAUGAGUCGGAAAAUGAGCAGGACGAAUACGAUCUCGACGACGGUAUGGUGGAUACCAGCACAGCUCUCGAUAGUCAAGACGUGGAGAAUGUCCGCCAGUUACACAUGAAACACGAGCAAGAUCAGCAUGAAAAAGAUAUCUCUGAUUUAGUGCAUGGGAUCGCGGCCGGUAAUCUGUGGAAGCGACGCCAUGGACAGGGGGAUGACCUGGAUCUCUUUGAUGAAGGAGAUAUGGAUGGGCGAUUUCAGAGAAAGAAGAAGCUUAAAGUCUCGGAAAAGUUUGAGAAACUCGCGGAUAACCCGAACACGGCUGCGUUCGCAAAAGCGUUCCAAAAACAUGUCGAUGAUGAUCAAAUGAUCUUUCUUAGUGAUCCUGACGAUAGCGACCAUGAGGCAGAGACAACAACAAAGGACGAGGUCGGCACCACACGAUCAUCGAACGACGAUAUCGAUGAUCAAGAAAUGGAGGACGUUCAAUCCGAGACGCGUAAAUCUGAGAAGGCCAGGAUUUCGCUGGGUCAGAAAGAUGUGCAGCAGCGGCAACAAGUGAGGGAGGAAGAGGAUGAGGACGAGGAGGAAGAUGAACCACUGAACACUGACAAGAGGAAGGAACGGUUGCAUUUGGCCAGACUGUACCAGUACGGAGGCCAAGAAAGUCUUGACGCUGCUAUGGCCUCUUCGAAAACGAUCGCUGCAAUGACCAAAGGACAGACGCUGCCCUUCGAUAUCAAGGCGAACGAAAGUACCACAAGAGCCGAAGUCGAGCCUGCUGCAACGGCAACAACGUUGGACGACCGUCCUGCAAAGGACGAUCCAAUUGACGAGUUUAAGGAGACGAUACGCCGAUCUAAGACAAUUCGAGAUAUCAUGGAAGGCGUGGAUGACCAUGCGGAGCUGGCCAGUCAGUCCUCAAUCAGCUCACAGAGGAUCUCAUCGUUAACCAGCAACAUUCUGACCAGGAUCAUUGAUCGGCCAUCGCUAAUUGACUCUUCUGGCACCGCAGGACCAGUUCAAGGAAGCGUCACGAUGUUAUCCGCAACAGACGAGAAUAUGCAGGUAAUCGCACAACCGCGCAUGGGUCCUCGCCAGAACUCGUCUUUCAUGUCUGGAGAGCGACGGAGUCAGUUCCUCAGCACGGUCGGGGACGAGAGUCGCGGCUUACAGGGUGGAGGCAGAGUUGUCAAAGAAGUUAAUCGCCGCAGGAUGGCGUUCGCGACCACGAAAAAGACGGCCUCGUCAGUGUCACUGCUGGGUACGACCACCACAAUGGCCAUCGGCACGACAUCAACCACCGCCAGCACAAGCACCAGCACAAGUGCCAGCCUUGUUUCGACAACGGAAUUUCGGAGGCUACAAUCGGCGAUAACCAGUAGUACCACGGUGGCAUCGACAACUGUCGGUAGUGUAGAGCGUGCACCUGUGGGGUCGAGUCGGAUAUUGGGCUCCCUUCCAGUUGAAGAGGAUCCUUCGCUAUGAUCGUCUGCUGUAUAGUGUCUCUGUUUUUCUCUGUCUGCGUACAAGUACUCUACUUGUCUAGCAUCCCAUUGUACCAUAUUCCACGUUAAUUCAAUAAACUAUCU